GUCUUUGGACCUUGAGCAGAGAUGGGAGACUGGAGUCUUCUUGGGAAUUUCCUUGAAGAGGUCCAGGAGCACUCCACUUCAGUCGGGAAGGUUUGGCUCACCAUCUUGUUCAUUUUCCGCAUCCUGGUGCUGGGCACGGCGGCGGAGUCCUCCUGGGGCGACGAGCAGAGCGACUUCAUGUGCGACACCCAGCAGCCCGGUUGCACCAACGUCUGCUAUGACAGUGCCUUCCCAAUUGCCCACAUCCGCUACUGGGUGUUGCAGAUCGUGUUUGUCUCCACCCCCUCACUCAUCUACAUGGGCCACGCCAUGCACACGGUGCGUAUGGAGGAGAAGAGGAAGAGGAUGGAGCAGGAGGAGAGGGAGGCUAGAGGGGACGAUGGAGAAGACCUGCAGAAGGAGAAGGCGUUCCUCCAGCAGAAAGAGACUACAGCUGAGGGGACAGGUCGUGUCCGCCUAAAAGGAGCCCUGCUCCACACUUACAUCUUGAGCAUCUUGCUCCGAACAGUGAUGGAGGUCACCUUCAUAGUGGUGCAGUAUCUCAUAUAUGGGGUAUUCCUCAAGGCGAUGUACCUCUGCACGACCUGGCCAUGUCCCAAUGCCGUGAACUGCUACAUGUCCCGACCCACAGAGAAGAACAUCUUCAUCGUCUUCAUGCUGGUGGUGUCCGGCGUGUCUCUUCUGCUGUCCGUGUUGGAACUCUACCACCUUGGCUGGAAGAGCAUCAAGAAGUUUGUACGCAACAAGACGUUGCAGAAGAACAACCACAGAGCCGUGACAGUGGCCGUGUCCACAGGGUUGGAAUCCAACAAACAACCUUCCGCCUCUUGCACCCCACCCCCGGAUUUCGAUCACUGCCUGACCACGCCGAGAUCCAUGAAUCCCAUGACCUCCAUUGCCUCCCACCCGUUCAACACCAGGAUGGCACUGCAGCAGAACUCGGCCAACCUGGCGACCGAGCGACACCACAGCUGUGACAACCUGGAGGACGAGGAGGACUUCCUGAGGAUCAGAUACGAACAGCUGCCUGCAGAGCUUCCCAACGGCUGCUCGCCACUGCCGCUGCUCCAUUCAGGCUUCCUGAAGGACAAACGGCGCCUGAGCAGGACCAGCGGCACCAGCAGCCGGGUGCGGCAAGACGACCUGGCAGUGUAGGUCCAAUAUGGGCCAAAGAGUGAGGACAGACGUAUCACUUACAAACACAACUCUAACACCUUGUAAAAGUAUUAACCCAAAUUAGACAUUUUUCACAUUUUGCUACAUUUCAACCAGAACUUUUUAAGAUAUUUCCUUUAAUUUUUUAACUUUGUGAUUGUGAGGGAAAGGAAAAUGAUUCAUGAAAUCUGAAGUGUUGGUGUACAUCUUCACCCACACCAGCUGCAUGCAUCUGGCAUCUAGCAGCUUUCCAUAGAGACUAACAUCUUGUUCACUGACCUUUGCAAAACAUCAAUUGUAUUAGACCGACAGGGUCUGUGAUCUUCAAAUUCAAAUGUUUUGCUAAAGAUCUUAAUUAUAUUAAGAUGUAUGCAAUUCUAACACCUGAAGAGGCUGUAUGUUUAAGGGUUUUGCCCUGCUGAAAGAUGGACUUCUAACUCCAUUUCAAGUUUGUGUUUCAAACUCCAACAGGUUUCAGGUACCUUCAUCAUGUAGACACCUUCAUUUAUCCAUCAAUUCUUUGCAGUAUAUUUAAUGGCAGCAUCAUCCUGACUUUUCCAUAAAGAGCAGUUUAGUGCAGCACUUCAUUAAUAGUCGUCCUCUCAUCAGACUAUGAGCUGGGACUCUGCGGCAUUCUCUGAUGUACCUGAUGACAUAUUCUACAUAUGAUCUCUGGGUAGUAAUUGUGUUUAGGGGUACAGGAGUAAAAUGCUGGUGAAAAAGAAAACAAACACUUCAGAUUUUUUUAUUGUAAAAGAUUAAGAAAACCUUGAAUCCUUUUCCAUCGACAGCAUGACUCUGUGCUUCUUUGGGUUGGUUAAACUCAUGAAGUCCCUAUAAAACCUGUUGAAGUCUUUGUUUGUUACGUAGCAACAUGUAAAAAACAUCCAGGAGUAAUAAUACCUUGGCAGAACACAGUGAAAGCCUGGCAGUUAUUCCUAAAAGACAAUCUGGACCUGAGUUUCUGUGGAAACUUUAACAAAGGGGACAGCUGAUUAAAGAAAUCUUCAUUUGAAAACACACUAAAAUCUGUGAAAAGACUACAUAAACAUUACACACGAAUGCUGUCUGAACGGAUAAGCAGGCGUGUUUCUGUGCUUGAAUAUAAAAAUGGUAAAUAAACUGCAAAAAGAGAUUAACAAGAGCAGGGUAACAUGUGUGGUACCUGACCAUUGCACAUGCUUUCCUUUAUUUAAAACUAGUGGAAAGGGGGCAGGAUGCAAAAUUGCGUGUGUGAAGGACUUGGGGUGUGUUUUUUCUUUUCUUUUCUAAUUAAAUAAUCAAAUGCAUCUCAGUUAUUUUCUGAAUUACAUUUAUACCUUUGACUUAAAUACAUAAUUUUAACAACUCUUGAAUUGGGAAAUGUAAAUAAUAAAUUGAGAAAGAGUUAUGGCAUUAACUGUGAACAUUUUUUUUACAUUUGCAAAACAAAAUAAAAAGUGCCUUGAAAAAUUAAGGAGGAUUUGUAUGUCUUCACUGCAAAUACAGUUUUUUAUGUGUCCUCUACUAAAUCAAUUGCACUACAUUUUUAGAUUUAAAAAAGACAAACAAUACUAACUUUUAAUGUGUGAAUAAAACCGUGACAUAUUUCCUCUAUACUAGCGAACGUGAUGUGAGAAUGUAGCUUCUUGUUUUGUCUAUUUAAAGUUAUUCAGAUUUAAUUUUGAAAGAUGUGGUCCUGCUGAUGUGAAGCGUAAUGAGCAGGUUUAGCCACUAGGUGGCGACAAUGCACUUGUAUUUUUCAGAUGGUGUCCUGGAUUUAUUGCUGUAAAUAGCCAUUCCAAUGCAAUAUGUGUUUGAUUUUUUUGUUCUUGAAUACAUUUUGCUUCACAGUCUAGUUUUAUACUAUAUAGAGAAUAACUGUGCAAAUAGAUAUAUUUACAAUCAGACAUUUGAAGAUUACGCAAAAGAAUUUUGUACAUUUUCUUUUGUUCUUUCACAUAUUCUGUAGUCCACAACAAACCAAUAAAUCAUCCUCCAUACAGUGUG